AUGGUGGAAAAUCAGCCUGUGGGUGAACCUAGGCAACAUGGCACAGGUGGCCCAUUCUUUCUUGUUUUUACUGCAAGUCAAUGCCUUUUUAGUGACCUCCGAGGGGGAGUAGACAUUCGCCUGGUACUCUUCUUCCGAAAUCUUGGGGAGGUAGAUUCUUGGGAUUGGAGAGGGGCCGCCUACGCAUAUCUCUUAUGGACCAUAAACCUAUUGUCAUUUGGAAAUCGAGGUCUCAAGGGAGCGGGUUUCAUCCUCCAGCCUUGGUGCUUUGAGCACUUGGGGAUUAUAGCUCCCAGAAUGAGGGAUCCUCAGGCAUUUUUCUUCCCCAUAGCCACAAGAUGGGGAGACAAUCAGGUGCUCAGGGCUCGGUGCCAUCCUCCGGGGACCACCGCUCAUUCUCUUUUGAAUGAUCUCACUGAGGUCACUUGGAGACCAUUCCAAUGCCUCAUAUUUCCACAUUUUGAAAGAGUUGUAUUGGCUAGACACUUAUCCGAGAACCGGGUCCUUUUUUGGGGCAUAUAGGGCCACGUCUGGUAUCUGAGAGAGAGAGUAGUACCCCAGUGGUUGGAUGUUGAGUCAUGCUUCUCUCACAGUCUUCCUCCACCCACUAUGCACUACCCAAAGAUAAUCCCUGCAGACGAGAUUGAGAGUUUGGCUGACGGAGUAUGGGAUGACUCAUUUCUUGAUUGGGAUAGGGACUAAAUAGCCUUCCUGGAGAAGGAGACAGUAUGCACCCCUUUUGGUCCUGAUGGUCCAACGGUAUAACACAGAGGCUGAAGUAGACUGGACUAGCACCCUUGAGUUCCCCGGUAUUCUAUGAGGGUGAUUCAGAGUAUGGUUUAGAUGAUGACCUUACUCCCUAAAGACCUGUUCCUAU